AUGAAGAAAUUAACUAUUGCAUGGUCAUUCCUCGACCUAUGUUUAUUAUCAGCAGGAGUCCUAUGUAUAGUCUCAGCUAUACUAUUUUCUCAACCUCAACAUUUGAUUCUGGCCUUGAUCAAGACUCGUAUAGAUUUCCAGAUCAUUGGUAUCUGCCUUGGCUCGACUUACAUAUUCGGUACCCUCCUAUCCUUACCUGCGAUCUUAUCAUCCGUGGAGAAUUCGAAAUUGCUCAUGACGUUAAAUUGGUGGUUGGUGAUUCUCGCUUCAUUGACAUUAGCUUUCGGUAGUUACGUCUGGAUGUUCUCAUUACAACAAAUAUCAGAGUUUUUCGAGAUCUGGUCAGAGCAAAGUGAAAAUGUCCAACAGACUAUACAAGAUCAAUUCUCAUGUUGUGGUUAUUACAACGGUACUUCAGCUGGUGGAUUAACAACCCAGCUUGGAUUCUGUACCGACUCAACCUUCGCAGCCAAUCAAACAGGAUGCUCAUCAAAGAUUACAUCCGCACAAUCACCUGGAUCAGAUUACACUCUUGAAAACAUCUUCACUUCGAUAUAUAGCUUCGAAGUGAUCAUCGGCUUGUUCUUCCUGGCUACUGUCUGCGUGAUCAACGAGAGGAACAUCACUGUGAGGUUCAAGAGGAUCGAUGAAAAGAGGGGUGGUGGGGGAUUCGUAUAG